AUGCCCCCCAUUGACCCGCCCGUUUCCGCGCAGGAGCUGCAGAUUCUGUCUACCAAAGCCAUCGCAGCCAAGGGAGUCGCCCACUGCCCGUACUCCAAUUUUCGCGUGGGCGCGUGCCUUCUCACCGCGUCGGGCGAGUAUGUGGUCGGCGCCAACGUCGAGAAUGUUUCCUACCCGGUAGGGACAUGCGCAGAGCGAGUUGCGAUUGGCACUGCUAUUGUUGCGGGGCAUAAAGACUUCAAGGCCAUCGCCGUCGCAUCGGACAUCAAGCCGGGGGCUUCGCCUUGUGGCAUGUGUCGACAAUUCAUCCGCGAGUUCACCACGCCCUCUUUCCCUGUGUACAUGUAUGACGCGGAUGGCGCGUAUACUAUGAAGACUAUGGGCGAGCUCUUGCCUGAUUCCUUUGGCCCAAAGGAUUUGCUCGGUUGA